GGUUAUGACACGAGUUAAAAUGUCAAAAGUUGGUAAAAAUUUAUGAAGGAAUUUUAAUCUUAAGAGAAAGCUUUUGCUUUAGUUUAUUUACAAACUAAAAGUGUGUGUUAUAUGUAUGAUAUGCAUAAAGUGUAAAUUUUACCUAAAAGUACAAAGAUUUGUAUAAAGUACAACAAUGUCUUACCAGUCAGGGAGAGUAAGAGGUAGGGGUAGAGGUUCUAACUUCCGUAAUAUUAGAGGAAAUGAUAGAAAACUGAACACUGGAUACCCAACUGAUACCAACACUCCUAGUGUUUCGGGCAUGAACAUAUCCAAACAUGACAAUAACUGCUGCUCAGAAAUUACUUUUUCUCUAGAACUUGACGAAUUGAGCCAAAAUUUCUUUACGGAAUUAAAAAAUAUAUGGAAUAUGUUAAAGAAGAGCCCUCCAGUUGUAAGCAAACUUCAUAUACACUUUAAUAAUACAGAUAACCCAUAUACACAAGUAUUAAGGCUACUCUACAAUUGUCAGGAAUUUCAUAAUGCCAAAAGUAAAUCUCUGCCAAUGUUUAUCAUUGAAGAGUUCAAAAUUUGGAGUACAAUGAAUAGGGAUAAUAUUAAACAUCUUUUAGUACCCCAGACUAAAACUGAUGCCUUUAAAUUAUCUUUAAGACAAAAUACUUUGGCGUUGAAUAAAUUGCUUAUAGAUGCGUUUGAGAUGAAACAGGAGCGAGAUUUAUUUUUGAGUAUUAUUAGGUGCCUAAUUGACAAGAAACAGUAUAAAGAGGCUUGUCAAUAUACUACAAUGCUAAACCUUCAUGAGUGUUUCGAUAUUGAUGAUUUCUUAAUACCUCUCAUAUUACAAGAUAGACUUUACGGAGUCGAUGAUUUUUUAAAAAAUAAUCCGAAACAUCAGACAGAACUUGUUAAAUGGAUGGAUGGAAUAUUAGCGAAUACAUCUGUCCGGGAAACAUUGGGAGAAUAUGUAGCAAACCGAGUCAUACCAGAUUUAAAGUAUAACAAAAUGCAUGCGAAACCUUGGAAAAAAUUAAUAACAAGAAUGGUGAAGAUGUUUAAGUUACCAGCUGAUUUGACUCCCAAUUUAAACAGAAGAAGAAACGAAGGUGCUCUAAACUUCCUCUUGCACAAGAGAUUUAUUGAAAAUAGUUUUGGUGAUGAAAGUUGGAAAGAAAUGGUACAAGAAGCUGUCGGGGAUGAGGAGGAAUUACAAAAGGAAUUGGUUUACCAGGUUGCUCAAUAUGGUGAUUUUGCAGAAGCGCUUCGGUGGGCACAUUUUUAUAAUCUUGAGAGGAACGAGUGGCCGCAAGCAGUGAGAAUGCUUGAAGAAAAUCCGGAUGGCAAUAGGGUACAACAGAAAAUAGUACCGCAGGAUAUUAUCUGGGAUGACGACGAAAUCCAGCAGCCGUCUGAACAAAUAGACUAUCAUAAAAUGCCAUUGCCAAUGAGUGCAAUAUGUUUAAUAGAUGAUCCAUUAAGAUUCGAAAAUUUUUUAGACAUGGCUUCUCAGGAGGUAGAUAUAAUUGGCAUCGACUGUGAGUGGAAACCUAGUUUUGGUGGUCAGCUAAACGAGUUGGCUUUGAUGCAAAUUGCUACCAGGAAAAAUGUGUUCAUAUUAGAUAUUAUCAAUAUUGGCAACAAAUGUCCACAUUUGUGGCAAGAACUUGGAAAGUUCAUUUUUAACAAUUGUGAUAUAUUGAAAGUAGGUUUUAGUUUAACUGGUGAUAUGCAUAUGAUAAGGCAAGCACUGCCUAAUCUUAAUUUUUCUACAAAACAAGUAGGAGUAUUAGAUCUGUGUUCAUUCUGGAAACAUUUGGAAAAAUAUCCAGAAGUAAAACUACCAUUUGAAGUACAAAAAGGGGGCCCUAGCCUAAGCACCUUAGUCCAUUGCUGUUUGGGUUCUCCUCUAGAUAAGUCCGACCAAUUUUCCAAUUGGGAGAAAAGGCCUUUACGGGACAGUCAAAUAACAUAUGCAGCCUUGGAUGCUUACUGUUUGAUACAAUGUUACGACGUGCUACGUAAGAGCUGUGAAGAAGUGGGGUUUCCUUUCGAGGAAACGUGUUACCAACUCAUGACGAAUCCAAGAAGUACGAAGAAAAUAAACAAGAAAGCUGUGAAAAAGAAGGAAGCGGCCAAACCCAAAGAAGAACUCAGUCAGCCUCCGUCUCCACAUAGUGACCAAGUACCUGCCGAACAAAUGAAAGUCGUCUGUGAUACAAUGCUACAAGGUCUUGGCAAGAAAUUAAGGAGUUGCGGUAUCGACACUGCCAUUCUGGAAAAUCAUCAGGACCACACAGAGUGCGUUAAAUAUGCCAUCGAUGAACGAAGAUAUAUUUUGACGAAAGGAUACGAAACAUUUAAGCUAUUAGCCGGAUAUGUUCCUAAAGGACAUUGUUUAAGAAUAAUAAGUGAGAACGUAGACGAACAAAUAAAAGAGGUGAUAAGUUAUUAUAAAGUUCUCGUGACGAAAAGUCAUGUCUUCAGUAGAUGCCAGGCUUGUAAUGGUAACAAUUUCGUCAAAUUGUCAAAAUCGACAAUGGAUGCUUUAGAGAAAUCACAAACAUAUUGUCCUCCCCCUCCUUGUUAUUAUGAAGACGAAGCUACAGGUUUUUCAAGUGAUGAUGCAGAUGACUAUUAUGAGGAAAUUCCCCAAAAAUGGACACCGUCAACUGGACGAAAAUGGGAUCUAUAUUCCGAUGAAAAAGUGGACGUAGGAUUAUGCCAGACUCGUCUAGGCGCCAAAAUUCAGGUCAAUUCUGUUCCCAAGCCUCUUUUACAAAAAUACGAUUUUUUCUACAUCUGUGAGGAAUGUGGGAAAGUUUAUUGGGACGGAACUCAUUUUGACCGUGUAGUGGCUGGAAGGCUUCAAGGAAUUGUGCAAUAAAAACAAUAUCUUUUUUAUUUAAUAUUAACCGUUGUUAACAACAAUAUUCUUUUAUUAUGGUUUUGAUGAUUAACUGAAGUACAUUCAAUAAACAGUUUUACUCA